CAACUUCCAACCUGAAUCAAUUAUGACUGAUUUCGAAACUGGCACAAUCAAAUCAGUGAAAAAUAUGUUGCCAAAUGUGUUACACAAAGGUACUUUCCAAUCUAUUCAUAAAAAAAGUAAUUGAAACAUUUUUUUUUAGGUUGUCUCUUUCAUUUUUCACAAGCGCUAUGGCGACAAGUUCAAAGCAAAGGAUUAACAACCAAAUAUAAUGAGGAUGAGUAUUUUCGCUUAAAUGUAAAAAAAUUAAUUGCUCUUGCUUUUGUUCCACUAGAUCAAGUUAUCACUGGCUUUGACUUAAUUUCUGAUCAAUUCGACGAUGACGCCGACGAUUUACUCGAUUAUUUUGAAAAACCAUGGAUUGGUGAAAAAAGAAGAAGUGGAGCUGGUCGAAAGAAUCCUCAAUUUGAUCAUAAAUUAUGGAACGUUAAUGAUCGUGUCGUCGCUACGAUACCUCGAUCCAAUAAUUCUGUAGAAGGCUGGCACAAUGCAUUUGCUAACCGUGUUGCAUUAAAUCAUCCAAAUAUUGUGAAAUUGGCGAAGAAAAUUCGUCUUGAACAAUCAAGAUUUGAAGUGGACAUGGCGAAGAUUCUUCAAGGUCACAAUAUUAAGAUGAAAAAGGCCUGCUACCGAAAAUUGGACGAACGUAUUAAUCGACUGGUCAACGAAUUCGACGCAUCACAACUGGAUGAAUUCUUAAAAAAUAUGGCAGCCAAUGUUACUCUUUAG